UCUUCAUGAUUUCAUCUACCUACAACUCAUCCUCUAGAAAUUAAUACGGAAGACUUCAUUAAUUCGGGGACUCAGCUGCUGGUCCAGAGUUCGAAUCUCCGGGGAGAUGGAAGAGAGGCUAAAUAUGCACCACCGCAGGCCCAGAAGCGCCGCCCUGCUUUGCUGCUGCUGCUUUGGCUCCGACGAUUCUGCGGCCGAACGCUCACUUCUGAAACCCUCGUGGUUCUACAAGGUCGCAAGGUCGAAUUCGGGGUCGGAAGCGGCAGCCAUGGAUUUAGAUUCUCCAAAGUGGUGGCGCAAGAGCUGGAAUAGUGUCAGGCGUGCGGGCGAAUGGUCUGAAACUGUUGUGGAGGAUUAUGCCGGGGGAUGCUGCAGCGGGCCUAAAUGGAAGAAUUUUGUUCGGAGGUGUAAAGCCGAUGGAAAAUCCAUCUACAGUACCAGGCCUGCUAGGUUUCAUUAUGAUCAAAUGGAUUAUCAGCUCAAUUUCGACGAAGGGGGUUUGCAGGGCCAGGGUUUGUCAGAGAAGAUGAUGGAUUUUCCAGCAUCUUCUAAGCUUUCCAAGGGAGAAGCUGAAAUAACUACUGCACUAUGAAUGAAAGAAAUCUUUCCGGAGGACAUGUAAACCCUAAUUUUUUGUAAAGGGGCUGGCCUGGAGAAUAGGAAUUGUGGAAUUUAUUCAAGCGGAUUCAAACCUGGGAUCACAACCACAGAAAUUUGUCAACAAUAACGCGGAAAGACAAGAUUGUACAGUCGUAAAUAUUGGAAUGGUUUGGGUAAUUAAUUAUUGUGGAAAUCUGAUAAUUUUAAUAUUGGAAUGGUUUGGGUAAUUAAAUUUAUGUUUUUCCA